AUGGGGAUAGAACUGGCUAGCACCAAAAGCAUUUGCUUUCCCUUGGAGCCUGUUUGUAAACCUCUGAGUCAUCCAUCCCAAGAUGUGUCUCCUGUAAUGAGGGAUCGGUCAGAGAUAAUUGAAGCUAUCUGCAUCGGUUGGUUCACUGCAGAGUGCAUCGUGAGGUUCAUCAUCUCCAAAAACAAGUGUGAGUUUGUCAAGAGACCCCUGAACAUCAUUGAUUUACUGGCAAUCACACCGUAUUACAUCUCCGUGUUAAUGACAGUAUUUACGGGCGAGAACUCUCAACUCCAGAGGGCUGGAGUCACCUUGAGGGUGCUUAGAAUGAUGAGGAUUUUUUGGGUGAUUAAGCUCGCCCGUCACUUCAUUGGUCUCCAGACACUUGGUUUGACUCUCAAACGAUGUUACCGAGAGAUGGUGAUGUUACUUGUCUUCAUUUGUGUUGCCAUGGCAAUCUUUAGUGCACUGUCUCAGCUUCUUGAACAUGGGUUGGACCUGGAAACAUCCAACAAGGACUUCGCCAGCAUCCCUGCUGCCUGCUGGUGGGUGAUUAUCUCUAUGACUACAGUUGGCUAUGGAGAUAUGUAUCCUAUCACAGUGCCUGGAAGAAUUCUUGGAGGAGUUUGUGUUGUCAGUGGAAUUGUUCUGUUGGCAUUACCCAUCACUUUUAUCUACCAUAGCUUUGUGCAGUGUUACCAUGAGCUCAAGUUUAGAUCGGCUAGAUAUAGUAGGAGCCUCUCUGCUGAGUUCCUAAAUUAAUGCACUGCAGAUCAAUUCUUGCAAACACUUUGAUAGAAAGAGUUGACUCUGCUUCAUAUUCAUGAGUUUCUUGCUGGGUAAGCACUGCAGUGGUACUGUCAUCACCGUGGUAGGGUAACAAUUAUCCUUCCCAGCUGAAGGGAAAGAACAAUUUAUUUAUUAUGGAGUAAACAGGAUCAAGACUACAAAGGAAAAUAGAGGAAUAGUAGGGUCUUUUAUUUAGACUUGUCUCCUCCUUGCCUUGAACAAUUAUACUUUUUGUGUUUGUUUUAAAGUACAUUAUUUUAACAUUUUAAAACUAAAAGCUACUAUUUUCCAAAUGUUUUUCUAUCUUAUGAAUUCAGAAGAAGCUUGGAAGUUAUCAUGUUGUUUUUUGUUGGAGAAUAACAUUUUCAUUUCUAAAUGUUUUAUAAUCUCUCCUAUCAAUGUCAGAAGUAUCCUGGAAACAUAUGUCACAUGCAGGAACUGUUUAACAAAUACUUAAAAAAUUUGGCUAAAUUUUAAACUGUAUAAUGGAGCUAGAUACAAGCAAGAAUAGUAUUUGAAAGACUUUUCCAGAGUAUUUCUCAAUUCUCGGAUUUAUUUUUGUUCCCAUUAUUUACCUUAUCAUACAGCUUCAUGGAAGGUUGAGUACAUUCUCCCCUUUCCAUUUCGGAAUUCUUUUCUUUCUUUACUGAAAUGAAUCCAGAGAGUAUUUCAGAAUGAGGAGAGCUUGUAUUGUUUAGCAUUUUAUGGGAGGGAGUUCAUUUUAUUUGAAUUCAUUGCUGUUACUAAGUGAUAAUUGUCCUAACAUUCAGCUAUCCACACAAGACUGUUUCCAACAUAAAAAUCAUAAUAGAAAUAAUUCGAUAUCACAACCCAUAUUUACUUUCUUCUGCUCUUAAUUUUUUUCCAUGGGUUUAAUAAGACUUACCAGAUGAAAGGAUAUUUAUAUAGCCCUUUUAUACCAAAGUCAUACUUAGAUGUUAUCACUGUAAAUCAUAAAAAAGAAAUUAAAUAUUUCCUUACUCUUAGUUGCUGUGUAGCUAAGCCAAUUUUAAGCCAGCUAAAAGCAAUGAAUACAUAAUUAUUUUAUCUGAUCCUCACCAUUGUGAAUUAUAGCUACACCAAAACUUCUUAUAACAAUGUUAAAUAACAUGCCACAUUAAUCCGGCUAGAUUAUUAAGACAAGACAAUGUAAAACUGAUGACUGUUUAGUGCUAAAUUUUAGCAAUAUGAACUAGAAUUUUGGUUUGUUAACCAGUUCCCAUAACCAAUGUGUAAACACAAGAGGUUA